UCUAUAAAAUAAAUGGGGAAAUUGAAAAUGCUUGGGGUUGGGAAUGAAGGAAUGUCUACACUACCCGGAUUGAAUCAAAUACAAUUUGAAGGGUUUUGUAGAUUCAUUGAUCGGGGCUUAACAGAAGAACUUUUUAAGUUUCCAAAAAUUGAAGAUACGGAUCAAGAAAUUGAAUUUCAGUUGUUUGUGGAAACAUAUCAAUUGGUAGAACCCUCGAUAAAAGAAAAAGAUGCUGUAUAUGAAUCACUUACAUAUUCCUCUGAAUUAUAUAUAUCCGCGGGAUUAAUUUGGAAAAACAGUAGGGAUAUCCAAGAACAAAUUAUUUUUAUUGGAAACAUUCCUCUAAUGAAUUCCCUGGGAACUUCUAUAGUAAAUGGAAUAUACAGAAUUGUAAUCAAUCAAAUAUUGCAAAGCCCUGGUAUCUAUUAUCGUUCAGAGUUGGACCAUAAGGGAAUUUCAGUCUAUACCGGCACAAUAAUAUCAGAUUGGGGGGGAAGAUUAGAGUUAGAAAUUGAUAGAAAAGCAAGGAUAUGGGCUCGUGUAAGUAGGAAACAGAAAAUAUCUAUUCUAGUUCUAUCAUCAGCUAUGGGUUCGAAUUUAAGCGAAAUUCUUGAGAACGUUUGCUACCCCGAAAUUUUUAUAUCUUUCCUCAAUGAAAAGGAGGAAAAAAAAAUAGGGUCAAAAGAAAAUGCCAUUUUGGAGUUUUAUCGACAAUUUGCUUGUGUAGGCGGAGAUCCCAUAUUUCCGGAAUCUUUAUGUACGGAAUUACAAAAAAAAUUUUUUCAACAAAGAUGUGAAUUAGGGGGGAUUGGUCGCCGAAAUAUGAACCGAAGACUGAAUAUUGAUAUACCCGAGAACAAUACAUUUUUGUUACCGCGAGAUAUAUUGACAGCUGCGGAUCAUUUGAUUGGAAUGAAAUUUGGAAUGGGUACACUUGACGAUAUGAAUCAUUUGAAAAAUAAACGUAUUCGUUCCGUAGCAGAUCUAUUACAAGAUCAAUUUGGAUUGGCUCUCGUUCGUUUAGAAAAUAUAAUUCGAGGAACUAUAUCUGGAGCAAUUAGAUAUAAAUUGAUACCGACUCCUCAGAAUUUAGUGACUUCAACUCCAUUAACAACCACUUAUGAAUCGUUUUUUGGAUUACACCCAUUAUCUCAAGUUUUAGAUCGAACCAAUCCAUUGACCCAAAUAGUUCAUGGGAGAAAAUUGAGUUAUUUGGGUCCUGGAGGAUUGACGGGGCGAACUGCUAGUUUUCGGAUACGGGAUAUCCAUCCUAGUCACUAUGGACGCAUUUGUCCAAUUGACACCUCGGAAGGAAUCAAUGUAGGACUUAUUGGAUCCUUGGCAAUUCACGCAAGGAUUGGUCGUUGGGGGUCUAUAGAAAGUCCAUUUUUUGAAAUUUCUGAGAGAUCAAAACGAAUACGAAUGCUUUAUUUAUCACCAAGUAGAGAUGAAUACUAUAUGGUAGCGACGGGAAAUUUUUUAGCACUGAAUCGAGGUAUUCAGGAGGAGCAGAUUGUUCCAGCUCGAUACCGUCAAGAAUUUCUAACUAUUGCAUGGGAACAGGUUCAUCUUCGAAGUAUUUUUCCCUUCCAAUAUUUUUCUAUUGGAGCUUCCCUGAUUCCUUUUAUCGAGCAUAAUGAUGCGAAUCGAGCUUUAAUGAGUUCUAAUAUGCAACGUCAAGCAGUUCCUCUUUCUCGGUCCGAAAAGUGCAUUGUUGGAACUGGAUUGGAACGCCAAGUGGCCUUAGAUUCAGGAGUUCCCGCUAUAGCCGAACACGCCGGAAAAAUCGUUUAUAACGAUACUGACAAGAUCAUUUUAUUUGGAAAUGGGAAUUCUCUAAGUAUUCCAUUAAUUAUAUAUCAACGUUCCAACAAAAAUACUUGCAUGCAUCAAAAAUCCCGGGUUCAUAAAGGUAAAUGCGUAAAAAAGGGGCAAAUUUUAGCAGAUGGUGCUGCUACUGUUGGCGGUGAACUCGCUUUGGGAAAAAACGUAUUAGUAGCUUAUAUGCCAUGGGAAGGUUACAAUUCUGAAGAUGCUGUACUCAUUAGUGAACGUCUGGUCUAUGAAGAUAUUUAUACUUCUUUUCACAUACGUAAAUAUGAAAUUCAGACUCAUGUGACAAGCCAUGGUCCUGAAAGAAUCACUAAUAAAAUUCCACAUCUAGAAGCCCAUUUACUCCGAAAUUUAGACAAAAAUGGAAUUGUGAUUCUGGGAUCUUGGGUAGAAACAGGGGAUAUUUUAGUGGGUAAAUUAACGCCUCAAAUGGCGAAAGAAUCCUCAUAUGCUCCGGAAGAUAGAUUAUUACGAGCUAUACUUGGGAUUCAGGUAUCGACCUCAAAGGAAACUUGUCUAAAACUACCUAUAGGUGGUAGGGGCCGAGUUAUUGAUGUGAGAUGGAUCCAAAAAAAAGCAGGUUCUAGCUAUAAUCCAGAAACGAUUCAUAUAUAUAUUUCACAGAAACGUGAAAUUAAAGUAGGUGAUAAAGUGGCCGGGAGACAUGGAAAUAAAGGUAUCGUUUCAAAGAUUUUGUCUAGACAGGAUAUGCCUUAUUUGCAAGAUGGAAGACCCGUUGAUAUGGUCUUCAACCCAUUAGGGGUACCCUCACGAAUGAAUGUAGGACAGAUAUUGGAAUGUUCACUCGGAUUAGCUGGGAGUAUGCUAAAUAGACAUUAUCGAAUAGCACCUUUUGAUGAGAGAUAUGAACAGGAGGCUUCCAGAAAACUUGUGUUUUCUGAAUUAUAUGAAGCCAGUAAACAAACAUCGAAUCCAUGGAUAUUUGAACCCGAGUAUCCGGGAAAGAGCGGAAUAUUUGAUGGAAGAACAGGGAAUCUUUUUGAACAGCCUGUUAUAAUAGGAAAGCCUUAUAUUUUGAAAUUAAUUCAUCAAGUUGAUGAUAAAAUACAUGGACGUUCCAGUGGACAUUAUGCACUUGUUACACAACAACCCCUUAAAGGAAGGGCGAAACAAGGAGGACAACGGGUAGGCGAAAUGGAGGUUUGGGCGCUCGAGGGGUUCGGUGUUGCUCAUAUUUUACAAGAGAUGCUGACUUAUAAAUCUGAUCAUAUUAAAGCUCGUCAAGAAGUACUCGGAACUACGAUUAUUGGAGGAACAAUACCUAAACCUGUGGAUGCUCCAGAAUCUUUUCGAUUGCUCGUUCGAGAACUACGAUCUUUGGCUCUGGAACUGAAUCAUUUCCUUGUAUCUGAGAAAGACUUCCAGAUUCAAAGGAAGGAAGUUUAA